UUCCCGUCUCGCGAACACGCGCGGCCCGGGCCUGUAGUCACGACGAAUGGCGAAGAGGAAUUCGAGGUCGAGGCUAUAACCGAUCGGAGACGGCGUGGUCGAGGCUGGCAAUACUUCGUGACCUGGCGUGGUUACCCGGAGUCGGCUGGGUCUUGGCUCCCUGGCAAGGAG